GGUUAGUAAUGUCUGGCAACAUGGCGAACUUCACGGACGCGACAUCACUCCAGCAGUUUCAGGAAUUACUGAAAAAUAACAGCAAGUCCCUCACCAUUGUCCAUUUCCAUGCACCAUGGGCUCCGCAGUGCUCGCAGAUGAACGAUGUGAUGGCCGAGUUAGCCAAGGAGCACGAACACACCAUGUUUGUGAAACUGGAGGCAGAGGCAGUCCCUGAGGUUUCUGAGAAAUAUGAGAUCGCUUCAGUUCCCACCUUCCUCUUCUUCAAGGGCGGUGAGAAGAUUGACAGGUUGGAUGGUGCGCAUGCCCCUGAGCUGACCAAUAAGGUGCAACGGUUGGGGUCCGGUGGGGGCGGAGCUGCCAGGGUGGGGGACGUCCCAAAAGAGGAUCUUAAUGAGAGACUGAAAAGGCUGAUCAACGCCGCACCCUGCAUGCUCUUCAUGAAGGGGACGCCCCAGGAGCCUCGCUGCGGUUUUAGUCGUCAAAUUGUUCAGAUCUUGAAGGACCACAACAUUCAGUACAGCAGUUUUGACAUCCUCUCGGACGAAGAGGUCAGACAGGGACUCAAGACCUUCUCCAACUGGCCCACCUAUCCACAGGUCUAUGUCAGCGGAGAUCUCCUCGGGGGACUGGACAUUGUAAAGGAGCUGGUCGAGUCUGGUGAACUUGAGAAUACUUUCCCCAAAACUGUCUCGCUGGAACACAGGCUGAAAUCACUAAUCAAUAAAUCACCCAUCAUGCUCUUCAUGAAAGGCAAUAAAGAGACUGCAAAAUGUGGAUUCAGUCGUCAGAUACUUGAAAUAAUGAACAGCACAGGGGUUGAAUAUGACACAUUUGACGUACUGGAAAAUGAAGAGGUUAGACAAGGAUUAAAGACAUUCUCCAACUGGCCGACGUACCCGCAGCUGUAUGUCAAAGGAGAUCUAAUUGGAGGACUGGACAUUGUUAAGGAGCUGAAUGAGAAUGGUGAGCUGGUGUCGGUGUUGAAGGGGGAGAGCUAAACUGUUCCAGCACUGAAGAACACAAGGAUUACAUCAUUACCUGUAACCUGCACACAUUUAACCUCAGGAUCAGAGGACUUACACUAGUCCUAUUUCAUUCAAGUUAACCUUUUAUACGGAGACAAAUUGUCCAAAACCCAUCCAUGCAAUGUUGAAGAUGUAAUCCAAUAAAGCCAAGUGUGAUUCAGUCAGUUUUAUGUUGGGUUGACAUGUUUUAGGACCUGUUUAUGUCUUGUGUGAUUGAUCACAAGUGGUUAGCCUAGAAGGAUUGAAGUUUAUUUCUGGUAUCUCCUGUGCCCACUUGUGAUUAUGUCACUACAUUUGUAAUGUCUACAUCACUGUGUUACGGCAUGCUGAUAAAGUACAGAUAAAUUGGCACACUUUAUGCCAAAUAUAAAAAUUUUAUUCUCAAA